AAACAAUCAACACCAGCUAUGGCGAAAAAACCGAAACCAGCUCUGGCUACCGCACAGCAACCGGAGCCAGCAUUGACCACGACAAAAGAACCUGAACCAGCACCGAGUACAAGAAAACUAACGAAAUCAGCACCGGCUGAGGAAAAGCAACCGAAACCAGCAACGGCCAUGGCUAAUCAACCGGGACUGGCGCCGAGUACAGCAAAACAAUUGGAACCAGUACGAGCUGUGGCAAAGCAACCGGAACCGGCGCCGACCACCGCAAAACAGCCGGAACCAGCGUCGGCUGCGACGAAACAAUCAGCACCAGCUAUGGUGAAAAAACCGAAACCAACUCUGGCUACCGCACAGCAACCGGAACCAGCAUCGGCCACGACAAAACAACGGAAACCAGCACCGAGUACGAAAAAACAGUUGGAAUCAGCACCGGCUACGGCAAAAACAGCAUCGGUCACGGCAAAACAGUCGGAGUCAGCAUCAACCCCGGCAAAACAAUCGAGACCAGCACUGGCUGCGGCAAAGCAACCGAAACCAGCAUCGGUCACGGCAAAACAACCGAAACGAUCACCGAGUACGGCAAAACAAUCGGAACCGGUACUAGCUACGGUAAAGCAGUCGGAACCAGCACUGGCCACGACAAAACAACUGGAACCAGCAUCAGUUACGGCCAAACAACUGGAACCACCACGUGGUACAAUGUCAGGAAACGUGGAGCCGUCAUUUGUUCUAAAAAGUGAAAAAGCAGCACCGUUUGAUAUUUCAGCUGACAAGUCAGUGGUGGAGGCAACUGUGCCAAAACACGCAUACCUGUCACUCACGCCAGAACUAGGAGGAUUGAAGGUUAAAGACGCCGUGAAAGCGCCAGAUACGCAAAAAGUUGAGCCGUUAGGAACAGACUUGGCGGAAUACACGUCAAAGAUGCCCACGACAGAAAGCACGACGUCGGUACCAGUAACGGAAUUCACGGACCUGUCAGAUUCAUCAGAAGAAGAACCGCUGCUCGAACAGUUGUCAGGGGUCGCAACAGAAUCAGCUGUGCUUGGUAGCGGAACGUUGGUACCUAUUUCAGUUACACCAGAAUAUAUGGAUUCAUUAGCUGUGCCAGAAAACGAAUCGCUGCAGACGAUUCAAGGAAGCGAAUCACGGGAAUUGGAACCAAAUGCCAACAUGAGUCAUGCGGAUGUUAUGACUCCAAAGAGUGAAUUAGCAAAAUCGACGCUAGCUUCAGCAAAACUAACACUAGUUUCAGCUCCGGUGAAGACAGCUGUAUCAAAGCCUCUGGAACCGUUAACAGCUCCAAAGCAUCUUCAGUUGUCGGGACAACAACCAGUAAAAACACCGAAGUAUGAAUUGACGGGAAUGUAUGUGGAACCGGCUUCAACUGGAGUGCCGCACGCGGAACUGCUAACAGCUCCAGAAGGCGAAGCAGCCGAAGCGGCGCCAGAACCUUCAGUUGAAUUACGCUGUAAUUUAGCAGAAGAGCUGGCAGGAGUGACACCAAAAGAAUUGCUGAAACCAGCGCUAGAAAUUAUGGAUCUGUCAGAUCUUCCAGAAGGUAUACCAUCUGAGGUGGUAUCGGUUACACCGGAAUGCACGGAAGCAUUUACCACUUCAGAAGAUGGAUCAAAGCAAUCAGUGCAGUGCGACAAAGCAAUGGAGCUGGUACCAACAACUCCAGAGAGCCUGGUUCAUCCUGCCGCUGAAACUGGCUUAGCAAAUGCAGUACUAGAUCCAGGAAAAUGCAUGAAAACAUCAACUGCUCUAGGCAGCACUGCGAAUUCAGGAUUUACUUCACCACAAUACGAAACGUUGAAUGCAUCCGUUGCGGAGGAACACGCGAAAUCAUCAUCGACUGAAGUAAAACCCAGUGAUUCAAAAGCCGCAGUAGAAAACGUGUUCAGUAAACCAACGCCAGAACGCACGGAAACCUUAACAGCAGUAUCACAUUCUGGGCCAACGGCGCUACUCAUUUCCACACUGAAGAGCGCGAAAAUACCGGAACCUGAAAUAAACGCGGUUACGCAAAAUGCAGAAAUUGUUGUUGGAGCAGUGAACGGGGCUGCAUCCGUGGUGAAACAUGAGAAUCUCUUAAAUACGCCAAAAAUUGAAGCAGUCGUUUCACUUGGUGAAUCAGUGAAGUCUCCAUCAACUGUGUCCAGAAAUGGGGAGGCAUCGACUGCAUCUGAGAAAGGGUCAGUACUGCCAAAAUUAACACAUAUAAUAAGAUCCUAUUUCCGGGAAGAGCGGUCAGCAGGUUUGGCCAAAGACACAAAGCUGGUGUCAGGACCUUCACCAGUAGGAUCAGCAGAAGUCACGGAUUUAACAGAUUCACCAGAAUCUGAGUCCUUGUUUUCAACAUCAAGCACCACGGAAUCAUCAAAACCAUCGAGAACUGAUUCAUCAAUUCUAGGAUCAAUUACACCGGAAUGCUCAGAGGGGCUAACAGCGUCAGAAGACCGAUCAACGCAGUCAGGAUCACAACAUAAGUCAAUAGAACUUUCAGAUUCAGCAAAGCACGUGGAUUCAUCGGUUCUGGCGAGUGGGUUAGCCAAUUCGGCAUCGGCUAAGUGCGUGGAACCGGCACAAAGUACCGCACAGCACGUGGGUCCGUCAAUUCCCCGGCGUGAAUCCCUGAAAGCGAAUGAAGGAAAACACCUGGAACCUGUAUUAGUUCCAGCAAAGAGUGAGGUCUGGCCACUUAGAUCAAAGGGACCGGAGCUGUCGAAUAUUCGACAGAUUCUAUUACAGGGAAAGGUACCAGAUGCGGGGAAGCAUGCGAAAACGUUACUUGGAUCAAAUGAAUUCCAGGAAUCACAGUUAUCUAAAAGCAAACAUUUACAAACACCAGAAGCACCGGAACCGGAACUUAUAGAACUAGUGCCAUCAACUUUAAAACCUUUGUUGAAACCAUCACUGUUUAUUGAAAAUGAGUACCCGUUGCCGGAAUCUGCACCUGCGUCGAAAAACGAAUCGGUGCAAUCAGCAGCUCCAAAAGGAAUGAAGCAGGCAGAAUCAUCAACUGCACGAAAAAUUAUACCCCUAGAAUCGGAGACGCAAGCAGAGCAAGUGGUACCAUUAACUGCAUUAGGAGACGAGUCAAUUAAACCUGCAGCAGCAAAUGUGGAACUACCGCAUAUAACGGGCGUUGGAUCGUUGGUACCAGCGUUGGGUAACGUGGAACCACCACAUAUGUCGGGUGGUGGGUCAGUGGUACCGGCGCUGCCAUUAGCAAAACAGGUUGAUAUAUCAACCACACAAAGAUGCCCGUCAAUGGCGUCUGUCACAGCUACAGCAGGAAAUUCCGAAUUGUCAACCACAUCAGAGAUUGCUUCUGCGAAGCCAGUGCUGACAACGGCACAGGCAUCAAAGAAGCCAUCACCGGUGGGUGGAGGGGGUACGUCUGAAAAUGUAAAGCUGCUAUUAUUUACGGCAAAACACAUGGGACCAUCGUUCAUGCUAGAAGACGGGUCAGUGGUACCAGCAGCAUUAGCAGCAGAAAAACAAACGAGAAAGUCAGUUACAAAGGAAAGUGGACGCGUGGAACCAUUAGAAUCAGUGGCACCAAAACUGAAAGCAACAGCAUCACCACGAGCUGAACUCUCAGAAUCAAGGCCAACUGAAGCGAAACACGCAGCUUCAGUAUCAUUAGACGGUGCAAACGUGGGGCAAAAAUUUGCGCACACUAAAUCGGAAUCACAACAUGGUUUGUCAGAGAAAAUAUCAAUAAUCAAUGUAAAAGAAGCAGAAGCGAAUUUGCUAACUGCAGUAGAGAAUGAAUCCUCCUUACCAGUUCACGCCAAACGCUUGGAAUCAAAUGCAGCCGAGGAAGCUAAAUCAAUGGGACCGGUAGAACUCAAGGAGCCCGGCGAGUCAGCAUACAUGGGAUCUGUAGCAUCGGAAGAUGAACCGAUGGAGCUAGAAGUGGUCGAUGUGGAACCACUGGAAGAUGCUCCAAGAGAUGGACCAGUGGAACCGAUUCUGGCAGAACUGAAACCGCUAGGUGCAUCUUUGGGUGCGUGGGAUCAGAACUACGAAUACGUGGAACCGGUAUCAGUUUACGUGGAACCGUCAGAUAUUACGGAAAACACAUCAGUGAAAUCUCAAACAUCUACAGCAAGAUCUGCGGAUUCACCAAGACCAUCAAAAAGUGCAUACACCGAAUCAGCAACAAAAAAGCCGGGAUCUUCAAAGGUAGAAGAAUCUGUGCCAGCCAACGAAAACGAAGCGUUUGCUCCAGCUGCAGAAGGAUUUGAAUCUGCAACAGCGAUAACAGACCGAACGCAGUGGUCAACUACAUACAUUGCGACUUCGCAAAGUCCAUACGAACCUACAGAUUUGGCAUCUGCUUCUGACUUCGGAUCAGUGGAUUCUGUGUUAUCUGCCAGCGAAUCUACAGAUUUAGCACCCAUUUACAAAAAAGCAUCCACAGAAUCUGCGUUAAUUGCAUCCACACCUACAAAAUCAUCAAGUGAUUCAAACGUGGUACCAAAAGGUUCUGCACUUACUGUAAAUAAGUCUAUAAAAUCACCAGCGGGUUCCAAUGUGGCGACGAUAGAUUCUGUAAUUACUGCAGCCGGGCGCACAGAACUGGCAGGCGGCUACGACAAAUUACCACUGAAGUUUGCAAUAACUACAGCAGAACCUGCAGAAUCGCUCGUUGACUCCGUUAGAGUACCAUUGGAUUCUGCAUCUGUUGCGGAUGAAUCUGCAGAAUCAUUGAAAUCAUUACCUAUAAAUUUUGCACUUACUGCAACCGAACCUGCAGAAUCCGCAGACUUUAACGAAAAUGCACCUAUAGAUUUUGCGUUGACUGCAAUGGAGCCUGCAGAAUUGCCAUCUGUUGGCGCAGAACUGCUAAUGGAUUCUGUGCUCACUGCAACCGAACAUACAAAAUCGUCAAGUGGUUCAGAUGUGGCACCGAUAGAUUCUAUACCUACUGCGACCAAAUAUGCGCAGUCGAUAGGCGACUACGAUAAAUUACCAUUGAAAUUUGCUCUAACUGCAGUAGAACCUGCAGAAUCAUUAGCUGAUUCCGAUGAAUUACCACUGGGUUCUGUAACUACUACAACCGAUUGUAAAAAGUCACCGGCCAGCCCCGACGUAGUAUCGCUAGUUUUUGCAAUCAAAUCAAAAGAAUCGGCAGAAGGCUGCGAAGAAGCACCACUGAAUUUUGCAAUAACUGCAGCGGAACCUACAGAAUUGCCAGAUGAUUUCGAUAAAGUAUCAUCAUAUUCUGUACUCACUGCAACUGAACCAACAGAAUCGAUAAAGGCUUACAAAAAAAUGCCAGUAAAUUUUACAGUGGCUACAGCGGAGCCUACGGUAUCGACAGCUACUCAACAAGAAGUAUCAAAUUAUUUUGUACCAACUACAACCGAAUCUAGUGCUUCCGACAUGCUACCAAUGGAAUCUGUGACAGCUGCAACUGAACCUACAAAAUCGGCACACAACUGCAAAGAAGUACCAGUGGUAUCUGUAACAGCAGCAGCCAAAACCGCAAAACUGCGGAAGAGUCCCGACGUGCUACCAGUGAAGUCUGCACUAACUGCAUCCGAAUUCACAGCGUCGUCAUCCACUCUCGAUGAGGUGGUACCAGUGAGACACUCACAAAUUACGAGUGAAUUUUCAGAAUCAUUAGUUCCCCCUGAUGCAUUGCCAGGAGACCUUGCGUUAACCUCAGACGAUAUUGCUGAAAUUGAACCGAUGGAAUCGAUUAUGGCAAAACGCAGAGAAAUGCAAGCUGCUCAUGCAACGAAAGAGACCAAAAAGACUACGUCUAGUGCAGGAAAAUAUCGAGGAUUAUCGGCUGAGGUCAAGGCCCAGAAUGAGAUCAAAACUUCUGUCGCUCCGAUAAGCCAAAAAACCGUUCAUCCGAAACCAGAGGAAAAGGCGGGUAAAUCUGCGGGGAAUGCUGCAAAAAAGACGGACGCCACAGAUGGACUAAGUACCGCUCGAGCUUCUUCGACUGGCCGUCGCCAGUCAGGCCAGAAGCCCAGUGUGGCAAAUUUUCAAAUGCCAACUCGCGAUGAAUUUUCAAAUGCCAGCUCGCAAUGGGACGAUUUUCAAGAAUGUGGAACAGCUCGGUCAUUCAGCCCAAACGCCAGCUUAUCGUCCAAUUCAGAUUCUGUAUCGGGACAUUUGUGUACCCAGGUGCGUGAAUUACCAGCUGCCGCACAGAAUAUAAACUUCCAGAAGCCACUGGAUGAUACCGAGGAUUUGACAACAGCACAGCCAGUAUCAGACUGGUACGAUCAAAAAUUGAAAAAAGUACAAGCACAAGAACCAGCAUACAGCGAUUCUGAGGACCUACCGACAGCACUUACCAUUUCCUAUCUAAAUUUGCCGGAUGCAACAAAAAGUAGCCGGAACGAAAAUGAUCCAGAAACCCGAAGCAGAAAAAAUAAGAAACCGAAAACCGGCAGCUCGCGUCCGUUUGGCAUUGGUCAGGCAGCGCAAUUGCCCUUCUGCUCUGGAAGAACUGAAACUCAAACAAGAGAGGCCAGUGCUGUGCCAGAUAAAUCCACCGAGUCAGUAAUUCCUGGAACUACCGUGGUGUUAAUUCAUGAGAAUUCAUCGGAAAUCAACGAAGGUAACGGUCGAUAA